GAGAAAUCAAAUUAAUGUAGACAUAUUUUCGAUGUUAAUAAUUUGUAGUAAUGAAGAGUUAAUUACACUUAAUUAUUAUCAAAGAAUUAAAUUCGGACCGGCUAACACAUCAUAAUAUACGAGAAAAAAGGGUGAUUAUUUAGAUAUUUAAGAUCAAAGAGAGAAAGAAAAAGAGUGACAUGGCAUUCCUAAAAGUAUUAAGUUGCAGUCUAAUAUUCAUUGUUGCGGGGGCUUUUUUUAUUGAUGCACAAUUAUUGGCAGCGCGACAAUAUAACGUCCAGUUUAUACUACAUGAUAAUCAAGAUGUUUUCCACGGCGAAUACAAUAUCAACAUUUAUAUUCUUUCUAACACACAACAUAUACAUUUUUAUACAGAAAAUCUGUCUAUAAUUAAAGCUAUAGUAACAAACAAUACACAAAUAUCUGAAGAAAAAGUUUUUACACAUAGGCCUGAAAAUUUUUUCUAUGAAACUAAAACGUAUACAACUACCAUUACUUUUCCGUAUGUUUUAUCACCAGGAAAUUAUAUUCUCUAUUUGAAAUUUUCCGGUCUUUUAGCUGAAGAUGGAGGAUUUAGAACUUCCUACAUGAAUGAACAAAAUAAUAAAGUAUGGUUGGCUGCAACGCAUUAUCACACAUUUGCAACUCGAAGAUUAUUUCCACUAUUGAAGUUUAUUGUUAGGCAUGCUUGUUAUAACAUUUCUAUAAAGCAUCAUAAAAAUUAUACGGCUUUAUCAAAUAUGCCCGUAGAGGAAUAUGAGGAAAUGAAUAUAGAUACAAAUAAUAUGAUGUGGACACAUUUUCAAAAUACUCCGAAAAUGCCUGCUAACAUGAUAACGGCGGGUCUAGUUCAACUCGCGUUGAAACAAAAUCCGAUUGUCAACUUCUGGUACAGAACAGGCAUUGUAAGUUCCUUGCAAUUUGCACACAUAGCUGCUACAUCUAUUACGCUGUUCUUAGAAACGAAAUGGCCGUACAUCUGGAGAAUUGAACAAAGAAAUAAUAUCGUGAUUCCGAAGUUGUUGUCCGAAGACGAAGAAGAGAUAAAAUUGGGAUUAAUUCUUUAUAAAGAAGCAGACAUUAUUUUUAAUGAAGAAACAGAUUCUGAGAUACGCAAAAUUGAAAUAAGCCGAAUAAUAGCAUAUAAGACGGUGCAGGAACGGCUUUAUAAUGUAUUCAUCUACAAUUCAUCUACAUGGGAACCCUGGUUAAGCAAAGGUUUCGCUAUGUUCUUUGGAAUUUACGCCAUCGAUAAGGUAUUUCCACAUUCUCAAUUACAAGAUUUCUGUGUGGUUCAAACGCAACAUGAUUUUCUUCAUUGGAGCACCAAGGGCAUAUGGCCGUUCACAAUCAAAUCAGAAUUCAAUAGCUAUUUUGAAAUUCCUCGUUACAUCAAGGCAAACAUUAUGUUCCACAAAUUGCAAAAUGAACUCACAGAUGAAGUGUUCCAGAAAGGUGUCAAAAUGUAUUUAAAUAAUUCCGAAACAAGUAGUAGUGAUUUCUGGAACGUUAUGGAAUCUACCCUGGAUAAAUUACCUCUCAGAAUGAAAUACAAUUUAGAAGACAAAAUAACUAAUUGGAUACAGAUAGAUUAUUAUCCUGUGAUAAAUGCGGAAAGAAAUUAUAAUAUUAACCACUUGAAUAUAUCGGCAGAAAAUUUUUAUACAAAUAUAUUGAUAAUUGCAAACAUUUUUACGAGGACGCACUCCAAGUUGAAGGAAUUUUUGUUUGAAGAGUGGCUAAGACCAAAAAUUUUAACGUAUGCUACAUUAUCUUUAUAUUUCAUAGACGAGAAUGACUGGAUAUUAGUAGAUGUACAAAGUGGAUGCUAUCGCGUCAAUUAUGAUGCCGAGAAUUGGAAUAGACUUUCGAUAUAUCUGAACUCCAACUUCUUUGAAAACAUACAUGUUCUCGAUCGUGCUAAAAUUAUCGAUGACUCAUUUCAUUUUGUGAUGACAGGCCGAUUAAAUUUUACUGUAUUCCUGCGUAUUUCACACUAUCUAUCGCAAGAUACAAAUUAUACCGCCUGGUACCCUAUGUUCAAACACUUAGAAUAUGUGUCGGGUUUCUUUGCAUUUCCAGAACACGUAUAUCUAAAGGAAGAAAUAGAGCUACCGUUGAUAGGUAUUUUAUCGAAAAUAAAAUAUCCCCGUUUUGAAGAAUCAUAUAUGUCCAAUAAGGAGAACAUUUUCAUUAAAUGUUUGAAAGAAGAGGCUGCAAGAUGGCUUUGUAAUAUAGAUUAUUAUCAUUGCUUGGCAGAAGCAAAUGAUAAAUUAAUUUCAUAUCUCAAGCGUUAUAGAAAUUUAUCACACAAACUUUGGCCGGGAUGGAAAGAAUGGACAUUCUGCAAGGGUUUAAUGAUAGCGAAAAAUAAAACUUGGAUGGAAGUAUUUGAUAUAUAUUUGAAAGAAUCAGACUCUAACGUUUUAAAAUAUUUAGCAUGCUCCAAAAAUUCUUCGAUCAUUCUCCAAUAUAUAAAUUUAAUGGCAAAUAUAACAAAUGUAAAAGCUAUCGAUCAUAUAAACAGUUUUUGUUUCAUUGUUGCGAGACAUGCAAAUAAUAAUUUAGUACUUAAUUUCAUUUUAGACAAUUUGGAAAAAAUAAAACCCAAGGAAAUCAGUUUUAUUACAGCAUUAACUAUUAUCAUUAAUCAUAUAUAUUCUGAAAAACAAUUUAACAAGAUAUUUAAAUUCUUGAAUCUUAAAGAAAAUAUGAAGAAUAUAAUAAUGGAUGUAAAUCGCAAGCUAGCACUACGUUGGUGUCAAAUAGGGGCUCAACUGUACCAAUAUCGAUAUCUUAUAAAAGAUUUCAAUGAUAAUUUUAGAGUAUAUUAAUCACGGAUUAAUCAAUUAAACCAGGAAAAUAUAGCGAAAUAAUGUCAUUCUUUUUCAGAGAAGAUUAUUAUCCUUCAUCAAUCAUAAUUAUCUUAGUCGAAAUUUCUAUAUAUGUACUCUGGAGAAGAACUCCACCGGCUUUAUUUUCACAUCUACUUCAAGGAAAUUUCGAUCUUUAGCGUUGGAUUUCUAUAAGGGAUUUUUAUUGUAUUAAAUAUUUUAUUGUAAAGCAUCUUUCCUA